AUGUCAUUUCAAACCCCGGGCGGCCCGGCCGCUAAGCGACGGCGCAUCGAAGCCGCCAACGCAACUCUCCGGAAGCCCUUCCGGUCGCCGCUCGCGGGCCGGCAAAAGGAAAAGGGGGACAAACCCGAACCCCGUUCGGCUCCGGGACUUGGGGAUGCCCAACGCCCGUCAAGUACGGGUACUGAACGGCCGACCACGGUUGGGAGUUCUACUAAUACUAUUCUAACCGCAACGCCGCCACCCACCCAUACUCGCAGCGCCAGUCGCCGGCCAGUCGCUGCAUCGCCUUUAUCGACUGCCACAACCGCCGGUGCGAACUUCUCCCCAUCCCGUCAUGACACAGCCCAGAACGACGUCGAUGGCGAUAACCUUCUCCAGCAACUGAGCCGGUCUCAAACGCAGCUACAAACCCACCUCCGUGCCGCCGAAGCCCGACUCCAUCUUGUUCAACAAGCACACCAAAUCGAGCAACGGGCUGCGAAGGCCGCCAACGAUACGAACACCGCUGACCCUAACCCUAACCCCGAUACCGUCAUUGAUGUGGAUGCUGAGCUCCGCGGGAUGAUUGCCCGGUGGAAGACGACCAGCCGGCUAGCGGCCGAUGAGUUGUUUGGGCUGAUCCGGGACCGGGUGGAAGGUAUGGGCGGGGCGAAGGCGUGGAGGGCCAGUCGACAGUGGCAGAGGAGCGGGGGAGGGUUUGGCUUUGCGGAUGGAAACGAGUCUGGCAGCGGUGAUAGCGGGAUGGUUUCAGGUGGCAAUUUUGAGGGUAACGGUGGUGAAUUGGCAAGUGAUGGCGAAGAAGGGACCGAAGGAAAUGAGGGCGAUGAGGAUAAGGGGCAGGGAGAGGAGGUGGAUGAAGAAACCGAGGAAUCAGAAUUCACAAUGACUAUGAUGCUCGAGAGUCUUAAUAUUGAGCCAAGUAUACUAGGCUACGACCCCGUCGAAGACAAAUGGAAGGACUGA